GCGACGCCACCACUUCUCAGUCGUUUGUUUACGUUCGUGUUGUGAAGUCGUCCGUGAGACCCAGUCCCUCGAAGUCGGCCGCUAAAGCGGAUUUUGUGUGUCUUGAGCAUAGUUGCAACGCAACUCUCCCAUCGACAGCCUUGUGUUGGAAUUCCCUCGCAUGUUUGUGCUCUCGAUCGGAUAAUGCCACAUCGGGAUACUGUUAUUCACCUAGUUGCUGGCGGCGUUUGUGUUGGUGCUGCCGGCCACCUUGAUGAAGCUUUACCCGCUAGCCUAACUUUCCUGAUCAUGCAUCUUGAGUGUGGCAGUGAUGUGUACCUGUACCGACCGCAUAGCUAUGGAGAUCACCCUCUGACCGUGUUGCAUCUGAAACACAUAAAGCCGCCGGCACAGCAGGUGCUAUUGUAACAUGUCCUCUGGAAGUAGUGAAGACUCGGCAGCAGUCUUCCAACAGUUUCCAAAUCCAUCGAGUAAACUUGCCUAGGAUAGCCUCCACUGAUGGUAGCCAUGUCACGUGUAAAACCUUGCUGCCACCUCACCAGAGGCGAAGACUUACAACCAUGGCAGCACGUCACACUCAAGUCCUUUCCAUUUCGCACUGUGGAAUGGCAGGUGGACCUAGCAUCAAGAGUAUGAGCAUCAUUCAGUGCCUUCGGCACAUCAUCGAGCGCGAGGGCCCCCGCGCUCUCUUCAAGGGCCUGGGGCCCAACCUGGUGGGCGUGGCGCCCUCGCGGGCCAUCUACUUCUGCGCCUACUCGCAGUCCAAGGAGUUCCUCAACACCACCGCCCUGCUGCCGCCCAACUCGGCUGCCGUCCACGUCUGCUCUGCUUCGUGCGCGGGAUUCGUAGCGUGCUCGGCCACCAACCCCAUCUGGUUCGUCAAGACGAGGCUCCAGCUGGACUACAACGCUGACGGCCGCCCCAUGACGGCCAUGCAGGUGGUGCGGAGGGUGUAUAGGAAGAUGGGAAUCCGAGGCUUUUACAAGGGCAUCACAGCAUCCUACUUCGGUAUAUCGGAGACGGUAAUUCACUUUGUCAUCUACGAGGCUAUCAAAGCGAAACUCUCCUCCGUUCGAGCGCCUUCGCCGAAUGAUUCGAAGACUUCCAGAGACUUCUUAGAGUUCAUGCUGGCUGGCGCCGUCUCGAAGACCGUGGCGUCGUGCAUCGCCUAUCCACAUGAGGUUGCGCGUACACGGCUCAGGGAGGAGGGUACAAAGUACCGGUCAUUCUUUCAGACGCUCAGUACAGUGAUGGCAGAGGAUGGAUAUCGAGGACUUUAUAGAGGACUUUGGACCCAACUUGUUAGGCAGAUUCCGAACACUGCAAUCAUGAUGUCUACUUAUGAGGCAGUAGUUUAUGUCCUGACCCGUCAUUUUGGGCAGCCAGAAGAAACCCAGUUUUACGAUAAUGAUGAGGAAAUUGAAGAUGAUGAUCUAAGGCAUAAAUUGUAAAUGAAGCUGUAGAACCGUUUCUAAAUCAGUAUUCUGUGCAAUACAUAAAGGUUUAUGAUAUUAUCUCUCUACACUGCAUGAGCAAGACAGUAUUUUUUUUUUUGAUUUGAUAUAGAAAUUGGUGCCUUAGCAAACAGUCUUGGUUUGAACAUUUAAUCUGAAAUUUUGAUGCCACUGAUUUUGUUUUGAAGAAUUUUUGAUAAGUUUUAUUUCAAUGUAGCAACUAAUUCAUAGUCAUGUUUAGAUUGCUCUAAUGUACCAGGAUUUUUGAUAAGUCCAGAUAAUGUUGAUGAUUGGUCACUUCCUUCUAGAUCACACUUACUUAAUUUUAUGACAGUUUUACAAUUCUAUAACGAUUUCCAUUACACUAGUCUUGAUUUUUCUCUUUUUUGCUAUAUCUAUGUGGUUGUGCGACAGAAACAUGAGUCUUUUCUGUUAUUAUUCUUUAUAAGUCUUGCAAAAUGAGAAAGGCUUUGAGGCUGUAUUUAGACACAAUUGUUGCUUGUAAUAUUGUGCUUGUUAAAACUCUCUAGUUACUUGUCAUAAAAAAGAACUUUCAUCUUUUUUUCUUUCUCAUUUCUUGGUGGGAAUUGCAAACAUAGAAAGCUGCAUUUUUAACUGCCAAACCAAAGCCUCAAAGCUUUUGGCUACAAUUUGUGCUGUGUCUGCGGCUGUUGAGAGGUCAAGUUUUAGGUUGUUUUAUCAUAUUUAGGCCUCAGCUUAAUUUUCCCAUUAUUUUAGCUGUUGUAGUAGUUUAUAAGUUUAUUUCAUAGAUGUUGAGAAGGAAGGGUAAUUUGUAACAACAUAUUAUAAGACUGAAGCUAGAGCUAGGGUUUUGCUUUCUUGUGAGCAGCUCAAGGAGCUCAAAUUUCUUCAUUUUCCUUUCUAUUAUUGUGUAAUACAUAAACCUGUGGUAAGAAUGUGAUAUCUUUGACCUGAAGAGCAAUCAGAGUUUUAUUGUAAUGUUGGUUGGGUGUCAUUGUUUUGUCCUCCAUCUGUUAAGAUUUUUUUUUUCCGAACCAUAGUACAUAUAUAUUUAUACCAAGAUGUUCAUGUUCAAGAUUUAUAAGUAUUUAUAUACGCAUUGGCAAAUGGUUGCCAAUGUUAACUUGUAUAACAAAAUCAUACAUUUUUGUUGUUUUACCGUCUAACUUUAAUCCAUUCAGAGCUGAUGUACAUGUAUAGUACAUGUCUGUAGUUGAAGCAUGGAACUUGCCUAAAGAAAAGGCUUAUUUGUGAACAGUCCAGCAUCUUAACUGUGUACUGUUAAUGUACGCAGAAUCAUAACUUUUAAUAGCCUCAAAUGUUUUUCUGGUGGCUGAAACCUUUUUAUUGCUGUGAUAAAUCCCAGUCUUUGUCCAACAUAAAGGAAUAAAAGAAAAUGAAAAUCUACUACUUUUUUUGAUUGCUUUUUCUGUUACUGAAGAAUUGUUUGUUUUUUUGUAUCUUAACAAAUAGUAAACUCAGUUCAAGAUUGCAAAAUUUUAGUUUGUUUGAAUUAUUCAAUCCAGUCUGUUGCUUGAUCUUGCAAUGAACUAUGAUGCUUUUCUCUAUUUGUCUAUGAAUUCCAAUGCAUUCAGUGAAGCAUGUGCAGUACAUAUUGUUUCAAUGCACAAUCAGCAAUAACUAUGAUAACUGACAGCUCUGAUGGAACCAUACCAAAUACUUUCUUUGUAUCUGAAUCACGGUAAUUGGUGCCCUAUUAGAAUUUUUGAAGUAGCGAUGAUAAAUUUUUUUAUCUGAGUUUUAAGAUGGUUGUAUUUUAAUUUGUAGAUACUGCUCUAAUAAAUUGAUGAAAACAUAAA